AUGUCAGACUCCAACAACACUGGCACCUCCUUCUUCCUAUCAGGCCUCCCAGGCCUUGAGGCUGUGUACACCUGGCUCUCCAUCCCUCUGUGUGCCAUGUAUGUGGCAUCUCUGGCAGGAAACAGCCUGAUCCUCUGGGUGGUGAGGUCAGAGCCCUCCCUGCACCAGCCCAUGUACUACUUUCUGUCCAUGCUGGCAGUGACUGACCUGGGCCUGUCUGCCUCCACACUGCCCACCAUGCUCACCAUCUACAUGCUGGGUCUCAGGGAGGUGGCAGUGGAUGUGUGUCUGGCCCAGCUCUUCUUCAUCCACACCUUCUCCAUCAUGGAGUCCUCUGUGCUGCUGACCAUGGCCUUUGACCGUGUUGUGGCCAUCAGCAACCCCCUGCGCUAUGGCACCAUCCUCACGAGUCCCCGGAUUGCCAGCUUGGGCCUGGCCAUCAUGCUGCGCAGCGUGGGUCUCCACAUCCCGGCUCCCAUCAUGCUGAAGAAGCUGCCUUACUGCCGCAGUCGCCUGCUUUCCCACUCCUACUGCCUGCACCCUGAUGUCAUGAAGCUGGCCUGUGCUAACACCCACAUCAACAGUGCCUAUGGUCUCUUUGUGGUACUCUCCACACUGGGUGUGGAUGCAGUGCUCAUUGUCCUCUCCUAUGGUCUGAUCCUCUACACAGUGUUGUCCAUUGCCUCCAAAGCAGAGCGCCUCAAAGCCCUCAACACUUGUGUCUCCCACCUCUGUGCUGUGCUGCUCUUCUACACACCUAUGAUUGGCUUAUCCAUGAUCCAUAGAUUUGGUAGGUGGGCUUCUCCAUGCAGCCAUGUACUGCUCUCCUAUCUUCACUUUCUCACUCCUCCAGUGCUUAAUCCCAUGGUUUACACCAUUAAGACCAAGCAGAUCCGCCUGAGGAUCCUGCGCCUUUUCGGGUUGGGUGGCACUGGCAUCAGAGAUUCUCAGGAUCAUUAA